AUUCUGAGUCCACCCCUUUCGUGGACUGAUCGUGACACAAUGUUUGGUGACAGAUUGUGCCAAGGAUUCAUAUCAUUUGAUCACCACUGCCACAGAUACAUCAACUUGCUAGACAGGAUGCAUCUAAACAAAACAUAAAAGGAAACUUAAUAUAUUGCGGGUUUGAAAAACAGCCAUGGAGUUGCAGUUUUACAGCUAUGUUUUAGUGACAUUGCUUUGUAUUGCGGAAACAGGUGAUGCAAUAAGGCAGUGCUGGGUCUGUUCGGGUCCAGAAUGUUUAACUGCACCUCACAGUGAGAGUCUAUACCCAGGAAGACUGGCUAUGAGGAAACAAUGCCCCCAUGAGGUGUUAGAUUAUUGUGUAACUUCAGUCAGAUAUGGUCCCCGAAAUGAAUCACGCUACCGAGAAGGACUGUUAAAUGCAAAUGACUACUAUGCUGUAUCUGUGAGCAGGUCAUGCUCCAAGGUGGACCAGAGCAACACAUGCAAAAGAGACUAUUACGGUCUGAAUAUUACAUGUAUUCACACAUGUAACCAGGACUAUUGUAACUGUAUGAACAGAAGUCCACCAAGGAAAAUGUUCACAAAGGACUUACAAGCAGCAGGGACUUCAGAGAAAUACCGAGGUGUGCUUUAUUCUGCGCCUUAUGAGUCUAAAUGGGAUGGCGGUGACCAGGCGCCUUGUGUUGAAGCUAAAAAAUAUCUUGCAAAGACCAAGCAUAAACGUCCCUCUACUGAAGAUGAUGAAGAUGAUUUCUGGCGUAAACAUGGACGGCGUAUGAAUGGGGGAAGCAGUGGUCUGCACUUCUCUUAUAUGACCUUAUUAGGGAUAUUGAUAAUCAAUAUAUCUACUAGUCAGUGUAGUAUUUAUAAUUUCUCAUGGAGGUGAUUUCUUAUGGACAUUUGACAGUUGGAACAUUGUGUGAAAAGAGACAUUUCAAUGCUCUUAACUUAGACUGAAGACUUAUUAACAACCAUAAUUAUGUGCCACAUUAUCAAUUUAUUAAAAUUUAGCCAAAUUAAUUUUAAACCAGGGUAGUCAUUUGACUAAUAAAACAAUGAGAAAUGAUUACUUACAUGUAUAUGUAUGUUUUUGAGUGUUUUCAAGACAAGAAAUAUGAAAAUAUGUUCGAGGAGUACAGUGGUCCCUGAAUAUGGGCACAAUGUGACAAGAGCAUUAUGGUAUCCUAUUCAACUUUGACAGGCUUCAUAAAUUUAGAGUUCUCAUCACAACGAAAUAUUUUUAACAAAUCAACUGCAUUGCAUUGCAUUUUAUUCAAACUUUUGUAAAU